GCGGCUGCGCAGUGCUGCGGCUCCCCGGACUGUGCAGUUUCCUGGCGGCCGACUGAGUCACAAUGGCGACCUCACUGGGCUCCAACACCUACAACCGGCAGAACUGGGAGGAUGCGGUGAGUAUACCGGCGGCGGCACCCCCGGGGCGGCCUGUGGAAAGCUUCAAUGAUCGAUUCAGAGCGAGAUUCCCGCCAUUAGGGCGACCGGGCCCAGCACUGGGAGUGAUAGCCAGCCACACACGGACACACGGAGCUCACAUUAAGCACUGCGUGGCCCUCACUGGCCCUGUAUGGGAGUGUGCGCUUAUAAGGAGACAUGAGGGCUAUCCCGGCUUUAUUACUCCAUCCAUAGAGCUGUAUCCAUAGAGCUGACACUCUAUAAACUCGCUGUGUUAGCAGAACAUGUUGGGUGCCUUGUGCACAGUAUGAACUAAAUGUCCAUUUCUCAUCCCUCAUAGAGCAUGCUCUCUGUAUGUAGCAUUGCUUUUACCAUAACGGAGCUGUGCUGGUAAAUUGCUAUAUAGCAGCAGGGCAGGAUAUUGUGCUUCGUUGUAAACUAGUUGACUGAUCAGAAAGUUAAUUUUGGUUUUGUUGUUGUUAUGUCUAAUUAGGGUUACCAGAUCACUGCAUUUGCUGAAAUCUCAUACAUUCUGCUUUUGGCUGGGAAACGUAGGGAAGUGCUCCAUGCCCGGAAUUAGAUGUUACAUGACUAAUUACUGUUGUGCUUUGUGAUCAUCUCCAUUAUUUACUUCACAUAAGAGGGACCUUUAUUUCCACAUACUUUAGGUUAGAAUUUUCAAGCUUGCCUCAACAGGAUUCAUAAUUGUUUCUUAACUUUAAAGGACCACUAUAGGCACCCAGACCACUUCAGCUCAAUGAAGUGGUCUGGGUGCCAGGUCCCCCUAAUUUUAACCCUGCAGCUGAAAACAUAGCAGUUUCUCUUAAACUGCUAUGUGUCACUGCAGGGUUAAUCCAGCCUCUAGGGGCUGUCUCCCUGACAGCCACUAGAGGCGCUUCCGCAGUUUACACUGAGUAAAUCACACCUAUUUGAUGCUGGACGUCCUCAUGGACCUCCAGCGUCAAAAAGAUCCCAUAGGAAAGCACUGAGUAAUGCUUUCAUAUGGGCAGGUUUAAAUGUGCGCUCGUCUCUGGCCGCGCAUUCGGCUCCACUCAGGAGCUGACGUCGAUGGAGGAGGAGAGGUCACCAGUGCCGAGGUACACAAAUAAAUGGUUGAUUAACCAUUUAUUUGCUGCGGAACGAGGCUCUAGUCACCGUUUAGGUGACUAGGGCUCUUUUGCAUUAGGAAUACAUAUUUGUAUUCCAAACGCUAUAGUGUUCCUUUAAGUUUAAAUAAAACCUAUUUUUGUUAGAAAUAUAUAUGUAAAAUGUAAGGCGUAUUAAAUGAGUACUCUAGCUCAAAAUUGUAGUGAUAAUUGCACAAGGAGUAAUCGUGUGCCUUCCUAUGUUUCUUGUCCAUCAGUUUCUUUCAUGUUAUUUAUUGAGAGCUGUUCAGUUUGACACAGAAUAGCAAUGUAUCCCAAACACUCUGUACCAUAAUCAUUAGUGCAUUGUAGUGGUUACAGGUGAAAGAGUAAGACUGGUGGACACCAGAGACUUUUUGCACCAUCACAACUACAAUAUGUACAAUGUACACGUGGCUUCCAAAACUCAAACUAGCACUGGGUAAGCAGUGGUCUUCUAGAAACUGUAGGCUAAUAACACAUUGGAACUGAACUAGUACUUUAGAAUAUGGUUCAUAUAUCCAGUCCACGAGGUAUUGCAACAGUUUCUUUCAGCAUUUCUAAAUGAAAGUCCUGUGCAUUAUACACAAACCUACUGCACACCUUGUAUAUAGUAAAACAAAUAAGCAUUAUUUAAUGAAGAGAAGAAACUAAUCUUAUUUGAUAUAUUCACACAAUAAUAUACAAAUCACUGAGACCAGAUUAAUGAAUGGAUCAAUGUAAUUCAGCUAUAUACAGAAGAACUGAUCUCAUAAUACUGAAUUAAUAUUUGGGGGACACAACAAAAACAGCAAAGUCCUUGAAAGGGUAGUAAUGCCGAAACAUGGUUUUGGUGUCCCUUGGUCACAGUGAUAAGGUAAAACACUCUAUGUACAUCAGUUUUCUUAUUAUUGAUUACUUUUUCAUUUUGUUUGAUAUGUGUGUCAAAUAUUCUGUAUUAUAUUAGUUCUUAUUGCUCUUCCAACUUUUUGCACACCACCCUAAUUUGGUUUCAUUAAGCGAGCCAGCUAAAAAAAAAAACUUGCCAGUUAUUUUUUUAUUUUUUUUCCAACGACCAAAAAAAAAUUAUUAAAAAGAACACUAUAGUCACCAGAAUACUACAGCUUAAUGUAGUGGCUCUGGUGUCUAUAGAUUGUCCCUGCAGGCUUUUCAACAAAAAGACAGUGUUUACGUUGCUGCCUAGUAACACCUCUAGCGGUAGUCACUCAAACAGCCACUAAAGUGUCUCCUAUCUCAGUGCUACACAAUGUGCAGCACCUACAUUCAGCGUAUCCACGCUCUGCAUAGAGGCACUGAACUUUCCACAUAGAAAUGCAUUGAAUUAUUGCAUCUCUAUGAGGAGAUGCUGAUGGUAAUUGAUAAUCUCAGCAAUUGAGUCAGGUUAGCUGUGGCAAGACUGGCACAGUUUUGGGGAAAUAAGGUGAGGGAUAACACCAUUCUCAUGAAUCAGAGGUGGCUGGUGACCUCAGCAUACACAUACUCAUAGACAGUCGCACACACUGACAGAAACACACAUACACUGACGCCCAGACCUACUCUCACGCACUCACAAAGUAUUUAUUUGAUACACUCAAAUAGUUACUCACAAAGAUUCAUAGAUACACACACAGAAAUUAAAAAUAACAAAUACAUAUUUUUAGCAACCCUCCUGUUUCCUACCUUUGGCCUCCCUGUGGUCCUGUGGCACUGGGCUGCAGCAAGUGACAUUAGUUUUGUGGGGCUGCCUGUGGCUGAUGGGAGUAGGCUUCCACGGUUCCUGAACCCCUCCUCCUUUUUCUCCAGCCUUGUGCAGAUCCCUGUGCGUCGGGAGGAAGUGACUGGAACUGUAAAUACUUCCUCCCGGCGUUGAGGUCUCGCAAAGGAUUGGGCGGGCAGCUGGCUCUGCGGAAUGGGAUGGGCUGGAGGCCGGCUUCGUGGAAUAGGGCAGGCUUGCAAUUCCCCUGCGGGAUUGUGACCGGAAGCGGGAACGGACCAACCAAUUCCAGACGACAAAAUUCUUAGUCUCCAUGGCAACCUGGCGCCUGGGAUUUGUCAAGCCCUGUUGCACGUUAUUGAGUGCCAUGUACUAAUUAUUGUCUCUUCAAAACCAUAUCAAUUUGUAUGAUUUUGGUUUAUUCUUUAAAAAAUUAGGUAUACUAAUCAUAGAAAAAAAAGACUUUGAUAUUUGCAUUUUUUAGAAUUAUAGAUGUAUGCCUUUUUUUUUUUUUUAGUUUGAAAUAGUUUUAUUUUAUGGGUGUUCUUGUAACAGUCUAGUGACUAUUAAAAUACAUAAGGCACUUGAUGACAUUAAAGGACCACUCAUUGACAGCCGCUAGAGGCGCUUCCCACUGUGAUUUUCACUGUGAGAAGACGCCAGCGUCAAUAGCGUUAAGUUUAACCCCUUCCUCCCCCUAGAGCCCGGCGGGAGUGGGAACCUGAGCGUCGGGGCACCCUCAGGGCACUAUAGUGCCAGGAAAACGAGUGUUUUCCUGGCAAUAUAGUGGUCCUCUAAAGCAGUACUGUCACUUUCACAUUAAAGAUAAGAUAUCUUUAUAAAUAUUUAUAAAAACUUGCAAAGAUUGUUUAAUUAUAAAAGUAAGCAUGUGCAUUAUUGUUAUAUAACUUGUGUGUUUUAUUUUUAAUACAGGAUUUUCCAAUUUUGUGUCAGACAUGUUUGGGAGAAAAUCCAUAUAUUAGGAUGGUAAGUCUUUUACUUGAUCCAUACUAAAUGAUACAUGGCAUGUUUUUGAUGUUCGCAUAAAUGUGUUUAAGAAAUGUGCUCAAUAUCCAGUUUUGGUAUGGUAAAGUAACUUCUUUAAUCUUAAAGUGUGAGAUAUUACGAAAUUGUUAUUUUUCAAGUUCUACAUAGAUUUUCAGCUGUGAAUGGCUUUAUGUGGUUCGCUUUUACUGCUAUAUAAUAUUACACAUAUUUGUAUGCUGUGAUGUCUCACAAGUACAACCAUGUCAUCCAUGUACAGGUUGUGUGCUGUUUUGGAAAAUUACAGGAAUAAUUGUAGGGCUUGCCCAUUUCAGUUUGAUCCUCAAACCUGAUACCAUAGUAAAGCAUUGGGAGGCCAUUGCUAUAGGUGACAAAACUCUCUGCCAGUCAGCAUCUCCUCAUAAUGCUGUAUUAAAUCAAUGCGUCUCUAUGAGUAACGUACCCAGGAAGUGCCUCUAGCAGCCAUCUGGCUGCCACUAGAGGUGUUACUAGGCGGUAACAUUCUCUGAAAAAGGAAGUGUUUACAUUAAAAGGCCUGCAGGCACAGGCUGUAGAUACCAGGAGAGCUGGUAGUUGUUCUGGUAACUGUAGUGUCCCUUUAACAAUCACUGUUGUGAUGUAUUUUAUUUUAAAGAGACAAUCCAGGCUUAAACUAAGCAAUCACACUCUCUUAUUUUUAUUAUUUAUAUACUUAAAUUGUAUGUUUAUAUACAAUAAUGCCAUGGUACAGACCUCUGGUUAUACUAUAAAUGAUAACAGAUGAAGCACACUCAGUGGACUAUAAAUAUAAGAAAUCACUUUAUUUUAUUACAUACCAAAGAUAAAUAGCAGAUGAAGCACACUCAAAAAGACAGCACACAUUUAGGUGCAUAGCUACAAGAUGCAUUGACUUUUUUUUUUUUUUGUGCCCAGUGUGUCCCUCUAAGAACUAUGCUUUAUUGACGAGUUGGGUUUUUUUUUUUUUUUUAAAGGGGGAUUUAGGCAUGUAGAGAAUCUAGAUUACAUUAUGAGUUUCUCCAUCUCUGUAAUGAAAGACAUGUUUGUGUUGCAUGGAAGAGUAAAAUGUAUUUCUGCUUGUUUACAGACAAAAGAAAAAUAUGGCAAAGAGUGCAAGGUAAGUGAAUUCAUGAUUGGAAUUGUGCGGAUGAACAGAAAAGGGGAAAUAUGCAUAAAUAUGUAGUUAGUCUUUAAACAUACAUGGACAGACAAAGUAAAUGGCUUGAAAAGGAGAAGCAAAAUAACAGCAUAUGCAAUUUUUUUUUUUGUUAAAAGGGUUUAAUAAUAUCACACAGAAGUAGGAUGCAUAUGCCAAGGACAGCUGGCGCAUUACAAAUAUGAACUGCAAACAGGAGUGUUGCCUGGAAUUAUUGUUUUGCUCCUGUAAGCAAGUGAUAAUAUAUACUAACUGAAGUGGACUAAUUUAUUUUAUUUUUUUGCUUACCUGUUUGGAAAGUAUAUUAGAUGUAGGGUGAAAAUUAUAUGCAGAAUAUGCUUCCUAACGUCAGGCUUUCUUUUCAGAUUUGUGCUCGUCCGUUUACAGUGUUCCGCUGGUGUCCUGGUGUACGUAUGCGCUUCAAGAAGACAGAGGUGUGCCAGACUUGUAGUAAGCUGAAGAAUGUCUGCCAGACCUGUCUUCUGGAUUUAGAAUAUGGUGAGUGGAGCCUUUCAUUGUCAUUGUGUGCUUUACUUAAUGUUAUGAUCCACAAUAAUCAUUGAAUGCAGUGAAAAAUAGGUAAUAUGUCAAGCAAAUAUCACUGUUGAAAGUUCCCAUGACUAUAGUGAUUUUAGGUUUUUGUUAUAAAAAAAAAAAAUGUAAACAAAAGAGCUCAAUCUCCUGUAGUAGACAAUGUGUAUAAAGCUUCCUUUUAUUGUUUUGUUUAGGAUUGCCUAUUCAAGUGCGAGAUGCCGGUGUGUCCCUUAAGGAUGACAUGCCAAGAUCUGAUGUAAAUAAAGAAUAUUACACACAGAAUAUGGAGCGAGAGGUGAGUUGCCAAGUUUUUUUUUUUUUUGGGGGGGGGGCGUUUUGUUUACUGUUUUUUUUUACUUGUGUAGUAAAAAACCUAUCCCACUAUCAAAUUUUAUUCGUAACUAUUAAAAUUAAUUUUAGAGUUUUAAUUUGGAUAUUCAUACUAGUACUUGAGGUAAAACUGGUAAAACUUCAAGAAAUAUCUGAAAAUUUUACUUCUUUCUUAGCAUCUCUCAAGUUAGAUUCCACAGACUAUUAGCUUAUGUACUUCAUAACAGGACUUUGAUAAAAAUGUGUUUAAAGAGUCUGCUAAAUUGCCCUGUAACUUGACUGAAUGUGUUAAGUUGUCUCUAAAAAUAAUAGUAAUGUGAGCUUACAUUAAUUCUAUUCCUCUAUUAGAUUUAUAUCAUGAAUUUAAUUCAUAUACUUUUAAUACACAGUCACAAUUAAUAUUACAAAAUGUAUAUUCUGUACACUCUGACCAUUUAUAAAUAUGCUUCAGGGAGCACCAUAAAUGCACAUGGAAGCUCUGUAAAACUACAAGUUUUUAUACCUGGUAUUUGAAGGACAAUGCAGAAUACUUAUUUAUUUAUUUUUAUUACAGAUUGGAAACUCUGAUGGAACACGUGCAGUUGGUGCUCUUGGCAAAGCCACCUCUAGCAGUGACAUGCUGCUAAAACUUGCUCGUACCACUCCUUACUACAAACGUAACCGGCCACACAUUUGUUCUUUCUGGGUGAAAGGAGAGUGCAAAAGAGGGGAGGAAUGUCCGUACAGGUAAUAUCCUUAACCAGGAGUGGUAUCACAAUUAAAGCUGAAUAUGUAGAACAGUUAGCAAACGAUAGUUGUGUGCAUCUUGUAAAUACAGUGCUUGGUGAAGGUGCUGACAUACACUUAAGAGUAUGACUCUUGGAAUACAUUUGACCUUUCACUGUCAGCUUCAAGCUACUUGCAAUAUCUGUAAUUAUGCAAACCAAAAUUGUAUUCUACAUUUACUGCAGGUGUGCUGCUGUACUUCAGAUGUUACAUUUGUUGCAUGUGUAAUACAAGUGCCAUCUAAUUACAAAUUAUAUAGCAAGCUUAGCACUUAUGAUGGUAAUGUCACCUUUGUGUAUUUUUGCAACACAAAACACAGGUGAUAAGUCCUAAGAUUUUUGUUUUAUUUAAAUCGCUGCGUUCUUUUCAGUUGGACAUGUACAUCUUGUGUUUUGUUCUGUUUUUGUUAUUCAUUCAUGGACUUUUUUUUUUUUUAAGGCAUGAAAAGCCUACUGAUCCAGAUGACCCCCUGGCAGAUCAGAAUAUUAAAGACCGUUACUAUGGUAUCAAUGAUCCUGUGGCAGACAAGCUCUUAAAAAGAGCAUCCACUAUGCCUCGUCUGGACCCUCCCGAAGACAAGAGCAUUACAACGUUGUAUGUUGGAGGGUUGGGUGACACAAUAAAUGAGGCAGAGCUCAGGUAAGCUUAUGACUAAAUUUUAAUUUACAAAUCCUAUAAAAUUUGUGUUGUAGCCUUGAGUCAAUGCUAUGAAAUAGAACAAAUAUAUUUUGGAGAAGGGGAUCACUACACAUGACGAUUUUCUAGAUUAUUUUUUAUAACUGGUGUGAGAGCUCAGCCAGUUGUUGCAGCAUCUGUAUAUGGUGUUCACACAUGACUGCAACUUCCUGCCCUCUUGAGUAGAAAAGUAUGAUGUAGCUGAUGUUUUUAUGAUUAAUUGCAUUUGUUCUUAUUUCAACAGGAGUCACUUCUACCAGUUUGGUGAAAUACGAACGAUAACAGUUGUUCAGAGACAGCAAUGCGCCUUCAUUCAGUUUGCAACCAGACAAGCAUCUGAGAUGGCAGCAGAAAAGUCUUUCAACAAAUUAAUUGUUAAUGGAAGAAGGCUUAAUGUCAAAUGGGGAAGGUAAGAUGAAUUUCAAUGUAACCACUAACACAGCAAAUCAUGAAAGCAGGUUUAUGGCCUUCUGAUAUUUUUAUAAAAUGUUUGCUCUGAAUUAAAACACUAACGAUCUGAGAAAUGAACACAAAAGCUAGAAUGGACAGACUAGUCUUGCCUGAUAGAGUGGGGAAAAAAUGGAUAGUGAACAGAGGUUUGUUCUGUGGGGUUCUACCCUGUAAAAUAGUGGGCUAUCACACAGAUGAUCUCUACUAGUAAAAAUAAGCCCCCAGAAAAUGUAUACAAAUAGGAAUGAGAAAUCCUACACGUAGUAGGAUGUCGCCUGUGAGAUUGCUUGAAACAGUAUAUUUAUCACUUAGACCUCUGCCCUCAUGCAAUGUAAUAAUCUUACAUUUAGAAUAACCUGUCACUCAUGUAGUAUUUUAUAGAUAGUAUAUGUGUACUUACAGUAUUAAUGUAGUUUUUAACAGUGUAUAAAUCUAGUUUUGGCCCACUGUGGAGGAUUACUUUAGAGUUGCAUUUUUUUUUUCCCCCGGUAGUAGUACACCAACUGAAAUCAUUAAUCUUGUUUGCUAAUACUAAUGUUUCCAAAACCUAUAAUUGCUGCUAUGUUGUGGUACAGUAAAUAACAAUUCAAAGUGUACACAUUUUGGGUCACCAUCUCCUCUAUAAGUUCUACAACAUCUUAAUAAGAGGAGUAUUAGUCUUGACAAAGAUCCAACAAGGGCUGAACCAUUGCCCAAUCACUCAUGGUGAUUGGAAAAAGAAAAAGGUUCCUGAUUCAUACUACGCGGUUGGCAAAGAAUUCCUUUUGAUUUGCCGCCAAAUAUUUGUAUAUUUUUGGGUUCUGCUAGUAACUAAUGUGGUAUGUUUUGUUUUCCCCAGGUCUCAGGCAGCCCGAGGGAAAGAAAGAGAGCGGGAAGGCACCAGUGAUUCUGGACUGAAACUGGAGCCCGUCCCUGGUCUUCCUGGAGGUUAGUUUUAUUGCUGUCCUUAUUACUUUGAAUAAGAUAUUCUUGAUAUUUCUGCAUUAAAUAUAUUUUGCUUGGGCAUAUAUUUUAUCAGACUAGUACCACGUGCCUCUUAAAUCAUUUGUUCGUAGCAAGGGAAUACAUAUGUAGAGUAUCCACUCUUGUUACCUGAUGUCAUGAAACAUGCGCUAAAAGAACACGGAAGUACCUCUUCCCUGGGCCUAAUUACCAAAAUUGCAGUGUUGCAUAAUGUCAGAUGCAGUCAGUUAUUCCUCAGCAGCACCACCUGACUUCUGAUGUUUUGUGACACAAGCUAUGAGACACUGUUGGGGCCCUUAUCUUGGCAUAGUGCUUACAGUGCAGGUCGACGGGUAAAACAUUGUCUAUCUCUCUUGAUAUAGUUAUUCCGCAAUAGACAUAUUGUAAAAUUUGCAUCUAAUGAAGACAACUUAGAGUAAUUAAAUGCAAACAUUUUACGAGAGAAUGUAUAUAGACCCUGAAGCUUUCACUUGCUGUGGAUUUAGAACAUUUCGUAGUGUCGUAUUUAAAUGAGUCUAGUGCAUUUUUGGACACGCCAUAUUUUCUUGCACAAUAAUUGAAAUUCAUUUGUUUUCCUUUUGUUUUUGCAGUUUUACCUCCCCCACCUACAGAAGAGGAAUCAUCUGCUAACUACUUCAAUCUCCCGCCUAAUGGUUCAACGACUUUGGUUAAUAUAGCUUUGCCUCCUCCACCUGGAAUUAGUGGCCCACCUCCAGGUAAUUUCAAAAUUCCAAUGUCACUUAAGGCAGGGCUUGACAAAUUUGUUUGGAAUAUAGGAGCCAGCUAAAAAAGUUAAGAGCCAGUCAUUUUCAACGAGUGUGCAAUUCUUAAAGGGACACUAUAGUCACCAGAACCACUACAGCUUGAUGUAGUUGUUCUGGUGUAUUUAGCCUUUCCCUGCGGGCAUUUCAGUGUAAACACUGCCUUUUCCUGCGAAAAGGUACAGUUUACAUUGCUGCUUAGUAACACCUCUAGUGAGUCACUCAGAUGGCCACUAGAGAGCCCUGGGUCACUACUGCACCACGUGCAGCACCCAGGUUCAGUGUCUCCAAGCGCUGAAUGUUUCUCAUAAAGAUUGAUUAAUGUAAUGCAUCUCUAUGAGGAGAUGCGGAUUGGUACAUUUGCUGCGCAUGCACAAAAUCCUCCCAAUACUUUCCUAAAACUGGCACGGCGUGGGAAAAUGGAAAGAAAGGUGAGUAAAAACACCAGGUACCUAAACUCGAGCGUGCACACACACACUCUGACAGGCUCACAUAAACGCUCUUACGCUGACAAAAGGCUUGCACGCACACACUGACAGACUCUCAUACACAAACUGACAGUUGCUCACACACUCUCUUGACAGGCACUCGGACAGGCUCACAUACACACUCAUCACUCACACUGACAGGCUCUCUAACAAACACACACACUCUUGACAGGCUUACACACACACACACACACACAUUUUUGUUUUAAUUGAAACCCACUUGGCCUCCCUACCUUUUGUGAGUGCUGAGUGGGUCUUUCCUGUGGUCCAGUGGGGCUGCUCUCUUCCUGUGUACGAGGGAGCAGUACUCUGCCUGUAGCUCCUCUCUGCUCCCUCCUGCUCUGUAAUGAUGCCAGGGGCGGAAUGACGUCAUAUUCCGUCUCCCGACAUCACUAGACAGCGCGACGGAGCAGAGUGGAGCUACAGGCAGAGUAAUGCUCCCGUGGACGGACAGCUGCCUCAAAUAUACCCCAUGACUGCUGCCGUCAAAGCUCCCUCCCACACUAACUAGAGAGCUGGCAAAUCCCAGACACCAGGGCGAAAUUUCUAGUCGCCCUGGCGAUCUGUACCUGCGAUUUGUCGAGCCCUGACUUAAGGUAAUACGUCCUCUUACUUGUUGACAUUUCAGGUGGUGAGAGGAUACAUUUCCCUUAUUAUUGUGCUGACAUUUUUCUGGUCAUGUCUGGCCGAGAACAAAAUGGGAAAUCCCCAAGAUAUCCUCUAUAGAUCUUUUUAUACAUAUGUAAUAAUGUUAUAGGGUGGUGAAGGCCUACUUUGUUAUAACAUUCAUAACCUUGGAGGAUUUUAUUUAUCUGUAUGUAUUUUGUUGUUGCUGCUUUCUAUGGAUGAAUUGUAUCAGGUACAGAGAAUAUUUGAGACUUACAGCACUAUUUCAAAACUCAACCUACGUUGUUUUACUGUUUAUUUUUUCUACUGGUACCAACAUCUUUGUAUUCAACCUCUACUUAAGUAGGAACAGUUAUAAAGUCAUCCAUACACAAGGCAUUUUGUACACUUGGUUUCAAUAUGAGAUCUUUACAAUCGUGCAUGUGUGUAAUUCUGAUACAAUAUACAAAGCAAGUCUUGUCUUCCAUAUUAAUGGAAUAUGAAGUAGGUUAUAAAGGGGUUUUUUUUUGGUUUGUUUUUAUUGUACAUAUUUGAUAUGUUGCUUCAUAAUUUUUUUUUUUUAAUUUUUUUUUAGGAUAUGGCCCACAUAUGUUUCCUUCCAUGGCUCCACCACCUUUUCUACGUGCCCCAGGGCACAUCCACUAUCCUUCUCAAGAUCCUCAAAGGAUGGGAGCACAUUCUGGCAGACAUAGUAAUGCUUGACUUUAGGAUAUACUUAACCCCAAUCAAGCAGAAUGGUGUUUGAAUGUGCAUACUCUCAUUUUAAGCAAAAGACUGUGUUUUAUCUUCACAAAGGCCACAGUUUGCCAAUGUAUUGCAGUUCCUAAUGGUAGCAAAAUGUUGCUUAAAACAGUGGACGAUGACUUUUAAACAGUCUUAUAAUACGGAACAGAAAUCUUCUGACUACAUUUUAUACCGGUUUGUUUGGGGGGUUUUUUUGUUUUGUUUUUGUUAUGAAAACAGUCAUCUCCAUAUUGUGAGAAAAAAAAUAAAUCAUUCAAUUCAACCAUGUAUAUUAAGAUUCCAUUCCACAGCCUGGACUAAUUUUGUUAAACUACGUUACAAAAGCCCGAACUUAUGGACCUGGACUUGUAUUUUUAGGAUAAUUUUUUUUUUUUGUCUGCUAAAUGUUUAUUUCUUGUUCACAACAAUAUGAAUAGGUGUAAAGAUAAAAUCAGCAAGUUCUUGUAUUGUCUAUGUCCACAGAAAUAUAAAACUUAAUUUGCCUUAGUUUUGCGACUGGUGGUUUUAUUUUUUAUUUUUUAUAUUGUUUAAAUAUAUA